UAAUGCUUACAUGGGUAUUACUUCAAAAAAUACUUUAGUAAAUUUUUAUUUCUUUCAAGAUACUGUAUUUAGUGUAGUAUACUAUUUUGUAUAGUUAUCAUGAUGUCUCAUUUUUGUUCAAUAAAGUUAUGCAUUGUAGGUGUUAUUUUAAUUGCGUCUACCAAAGCAGAUUUAAUAAAAAGGCAGGCCGAUGAUGAUGAAGUUUGUAAUGACGCUGAAUCAUCGGCAUUCAUGUGUUUUGAAUAUUUCAAGUUAUCAUUACAGUGGCCGAAGGCUUCGUGUUAUAGAGCACGUGUAUUGAGUCAGUCUGACAAAGAAUGCAACACUCCAGACUCAUGGUCUAUCCAUGGAUUAUGGCCACAAACAACUCGGCCAAACAAGUCAAUAUUGAAAAAGAAAUGCCCGCUAGAUAUACCAUUUAAUAUUGAUGAUCUAAAUGAUAUCAAAGAUAGAUUAACGCCAGUUUGGUUUGGUGUCGACAUAUCUGGAGAGGGUGAUCCGAAUGCCAAACUGUGGGAACAUGAGUGGACUAAACAUGGACGUUGUGCAGCUCGUCAUAAAGACCUUGACAGUAUAGGAAAAUUCUUUUCUAAAACUUUAGAGUUAUAUGAUCAGUAUAAUAUAGAUCAAGCACUUAAUGAUAGAGGAAUUUCACCUGGAAAUACCGCAUCUCUAGGAGAUAUAAGUAAUGCAAUAAAGGACAUGGUUCGGAAACUCCCUAGGAUUUCUACGAUUUCCAAUAAAGAACGAACUGAAUCCUAUUUGUAUGAAAUUCAUAUAUGUUAUGACCAUGAUUUUGAUCAUGUUGACUGUCCUGAGAAAGCAGCAGAGGUAACUGAACCAGAUAAGCAAAUCAAGUAUUUAAAGGAUGUACCAUCAGUUACUGGUUAAAUUAAAAUUUUGAAUGUUUAAAUAUUAAAUUUAUGGCAAAUUGUUAGUAUCUAACUACUAUUUUAUAAGCCUUGUAAGCGGAAUGAAAACAAUUAAAAAUCCUUUUUAGCUCAUACGAUUUAACUGGUGACACGACCGAUGAUCCGAGGACAAUUGAUCCGCGACAAUUAAUCCGCGACAAUUGAUCCUUGCGACGAUUGAUCCGUCGAUAAAAUGCGUGUAACAUGAAAAAUUACGCCCUUUUUUCACUAAUUUGUGUGUGAGUAUAUUUUUUAUGUUACACGCACACAAAAUUAGUGAAAAAAGGGCGUAAUUUUUCAUGUCACACGCAUUUUAUCGACGGAUCAAUCGUCGCAAGUAUCAAUUGUCGCGGAUUAAUUGUCGCGGAUCAAUUGUCCUCGGAUCAUUUGUUACGUAACCGAUUUAACUACUUAUGAAUUUCUUUAAACUGUAAAAAGGAGUAAGACAGACAAUAUAGAGCGGCAAUGUAGGUCACUUAACAUUUACGAAAUUUGAAAAUUUGAAAUCAGCCUACAAAUUUUUAUCAAAAUAAUUUUAUUGGAAUUUCUUUGUAUAAUUUAAAUAGUCAAAGUUACCUUGAUAGAUAACUUUAAAAAAUAAUCAUUAGUUCAUUUAAUAUCUUAUUCAGUAUUUAAUAUUUUAUUUCAUUUUAUUAUUUACUUUAUUUUCUUCAACAUCUUAAGUCAUUAUUAUUUUAAUAUAAUUUUUACAAUAUGUAAAACUUUAGAAAAUUUACUUCUACAUUAUAAUACAAAUAAAAGGAUCUAAAAAAAAAAAAUGAAAUUUC